GGGUCGCACACAAGUCUGUCUGUCUGUUAGACUGUGCUGAGGUGAAUGAAGAUAUCUACAGAGAGCUCGUGCCAGCGGAGAUGUUGGCUGGUGCGUUGGUUCUGGGCAUCAUCCUCACAGCUUUACCAGGUAUCCAGAGCAGGUGGAGUGUUUCAUUUUCCAGGAGAGAGAUAUGCGUGUGGGCAGGAACAACUGUCACUUUGCCCUGUCGCUAUGACUACCCAUCAGGCCACAUUGUGAAGCGAGUCAUGUGGUUCCGUGUGUCUGCGGAGGGUCUCAGAGAGUUCACCCACCACACUGACUCAAAUCAGAUCAGCCUGUCGUACCGUGGACGCACACGCUACAUCGGGGGCAGCUAUUCCAGCUGUUCAGUCCAGAUUCGGGGCGUGAAGCUGAGUGAUGCUGGCCAGUAUCACUUCAGGUUUGAGACCGACCAACCACAUGGUAGAUGGACCUCCCCCGACACCAUCACUCUCGAUGUCACAGACCUCCAGGUCCACGUGCAUCCAGCCAGACCGGCCAACAUGUUUGGCUUCGGGGAGACAGUGUUUGUUGGCUGCCAGGCCAGUGGCUGUGCUGCUCCAGGAAGGAGCCUUGCACUCUACAGGAAUGGACUGAACCUCGGCUCUUAUGAGAAAUGGAUGAUCAUCACUCGUUUUGACCAGCAGCAGGUUGGAGCUUACACCUGUCGACCGAUCCCGCCACAAAAUGUACAGUGCCCCUCCCUCUCCCUCGCUCUGGGACAUGGCCCUCACUCCACCUCUAUAUCUGUGUUUCCUGGAGGGGAGGUGACCGAGGGGGGGUCGGUCACUCUGACCUGCAGCAGUGAUGCAGCUCCGCCGGUAGAAAGCUUUGCAUGGUUUAAAGACAUGGAGAGUGGCAGCAUCCCGGACAGCUUCCGGCCUCAGCUCCACCUGUCCCACCUCAAGUACUCAGACAGAGGAGAGUACUUCUGUGUAGCGCGCAGCUCACUGGGGACAGACCGCUCCAAACCACUGCUGCUCAAUGUCACUUACUCUCCAAAGAACACACAUGUGCUGCUGAGUCCUCGAGGGGACAUCAGAGAAGGUUCAUAUGUGAACCUGAGCUGCGUCAGCCACGCCAACCCUCCUGCCUACAGAUAUGCUUGGUAUCGUAUUCUAGGUGAACAGGUGUUGGCUAAAGGAACAUUUCAGAACCUGACGUUACCAUCGGUGCGUGCUCACAGCGCUGGUCAGUACUACUGCACCGCAUCCAACCGGUUAGGAUACCAAACCUCCCCCGUUGCAACACUCACUGUAGUCUAUCCUCCUAAGAACACCUCGGUUCUGGCUCGUCCCUCCAGUGUGGUGGACGCUGGCCGACAGUUGACUCUGACCUGCAGCAGUCAGGCUAACCCAGCAGUGGACAACUUCACAUGGCACCGCUUAGCUCUGGACGGGGGCUCUGUACAAUCGUUGGGCGCCAAGUCUGGUCCAGUUUUCACCUUCUCAGAGGUCGGCCCUGGAGAGAGCGGCCAGUACUACUGUGAGGCCAGGAACCGAAUCGGAGCCCACAGCUCUCCGGUUCUCACCGUACGAGUCAGAGGUCGCCUUAAGGUCAUUGCCUUGGCAUCCGCAGUGGGUGUGUCUGCUGGACUCAUCACUCUGACGGUGGCCAUUAUGAUCAGCAAGAACAUGCACAAAGUAGACAUGGAGUCAGUAGAAGUAGCAAACAAGCGUCCGUCACUGACAGUUGACACCAUGUUCUAUGAGUCAGCCCAACAGACCUUCCCAGUGAGAAAGGGCAAGAUGUCUGACAUUCCGGAAGAACCAGAAGACUUGAGUGACAGCUCCCAUCCCUCCAUCGUUCCUCUAAAAGAUGCCCCGCCAAUCACAGAGGUUGAAACUCGCAAACCCGCCCCCAACUACAUCACUGUCCACUACUCCAAGUUGUGCAGUGCAGACCAAGUGCAGGUCCACAACCUGCCACGAGGUGCUGAUAGAAAACCAAAUGACUCCUCCAAAGUUGUUUACACUUUACUGCCCCAGCCUCGUCCCUGAACCGAAGUAAAACAGCUGAACCAAACUCCAGCUUCGUCCUGUGAACCAGAGAGACUGAAAUGGAACCAGAAACGACCCCCUGUGAACUCAACUGAUGCCUUAUUACACUAUUCUGAGUCAGACAUGUUGUUAUGGUUCCACAACAUGUGGCCCUGCUGCUGACUGCGAGUCCUGUGUCUGCACUGUGCUGCAUGUCUUUCCUGUUCUUCCUUUUCUAUGCAUCUCACUACAGUUUUAUCUGAUGAAGUCAAAGUGCUAAAGUCCUGAGUUAGAGAAAGCAUCAUCACUACUAAUAGCCACCUUGCCUGCAUUCAUAUCAACAGUAAAUGUUAUAACCACUGUUGCUUAUUAGUUCAUGUGUGACAUUAAAAUUUGCAACCACUAUGUAGAUGGAGCAAUAUGACUGUUUGCUGCAUUCACUUUUGCAACCUAAGACUGAAAAGUCAUAAUCAUUUUCAUUCAAACUUCUUUGACUCCAAUAAAUGUGACAGUGUGGUAUUACACAUAAUAGUGGGGAAAAGCUGAAUAAAAUAAGCCAUAUUUGACAUGAAUCUGCACACUCUAUUAUUGUUCUUAUUGCUAAUGCUGUGACAUUUAUUCAAUUAUUAUAGCUGUUGUCUUUCCAUUUCUGCUGUAGCUUAGCCAGCAGUAAAGCAAA